ACCUUGUUCGUUCUUUUUCAGGCUCGUGUCAGGACGAAAACCGUGAAAAAAGCUGCCCGUGUAAUUAUUGAGAAGUAUUACACGAAGCUUACACUUGAUUUCCACACUAACAAGAGGGUAUGCGAGGAUAUUGCAAUAUUGCCAAGCAAAAAACUCAGAAACCGAGUUGCUGGAUUUCUUACACAUUUGAUGAAGCGUAUCCAGAGAGGCCCAGUGCGUGGUAUCUCCAUUAAGUUGCAGGAGGAAGAGAGAGAACGCAGAGACAACUACGUUCCAGAGAUCUCCCAACUUGAAGUGAAUGACAUUAUCGAGGUUGACCCAGAUACAAAGGAAAUGUUGAAGUUGCUGGACUUUGCCAACAUUCCCGGUCUGCAGGUAACAGCACCAAUCACCCAGAUGGGAGCACAAGGCGGUAAUCAACAGGUUGGAUUUGGAAGACAGCCACGCUAAUUCAAUUGUUAUGUACAGAGAAGAAAAAAAAUAAACAAAAAAAAACAUUGA